UUUUUACCUCAUAGUUUUGAAAAGUCCACUUUUUUGGCAAGUGUGUACUGUAAGAACAAUAUGUUCUUUCUAAGUCUGUUACUUCUGGUAUUUUCAAAUCUCAUUUUAGUAAUUUCUAAAAGGCCUCAAACUUGCCUCAUUAAGACAUCCUUGAAGACUCUUAGUUUUGUUAUAUGCAGAAUGCUAGUAUCAGCUGUGCUAUUGUAGAAAUUUCCUUUUGUGAAGACACUUCCUCAAGUGCAGUUUCUAAUAGCUAACUAUUGGCCUCUUCUGGGAAGAAAUACCCUGUGACAUCAAAUAAAUCAAAAAUCCCAAUACUAUGUCAAUAAUGAAGUAACCAAACAACUUUGUGGAGCAAAUUAUACAGCGGCUCAUCAGAGUUCUGAUUUCCUUAUUAAAUUUGAAUGGAGGCAGCAGCUGCAGUUUGAAUUUCUUGCUUAUCAUCCAGAUUCUAUAAAGCACAAAUCUAUUUUCUGCAAAUAGUUUCUAAAACUUCUUCCAUACACCGGAAAAAAGCUUAGUGAUUACAGCCAAGAGCUUAGAAUGGGGUCUGAGACAUUAAAUAUACCUUAAGGAGUACAAUUACCUGAUAAGUCUGAUAGUUGUUCUUAAUUAAUGAUACCUCUAAGGACCAGAUACACUCAAAAUCUAGAAAGUAAAAAUUAUUUUAUAUUUUUUUAAUCAAUAAUAAAAUCACACUCUGCAAAUGCACAGGAACAGGAGACAAUAGAAACAACUUAAUUGUGAAGCACAUUUAACUGUGAAGCAGAUUAAAGACUGGCUUGUUCCUGGUUUAAUUUGAUGUACAGGCCUAUCUCUCACCCACAGUCAGGUAAGUAUUUUGGUAUGUUUUACAGAACAGGUGAGAUGCAAAUAACAUUUUUAACUAUGGGUACUGGAGAACUGAAUAGACUCUUUAAAAGAACAAAGAUUAAUGCAGUAUUACAGAAGGUUGUUUCAAGUUUCUCCCUAGGCACAAUAAUGCCUUAAUAAAAUAUUUCACUUCAGUUUUUAUUCCUCUCUUUCUCACUUACUUUGCAAAUAAGAAUAAAUACUUAAUAAGCUGGUUUGUGAAUAGAUCUUUCAGUACAUUCAAUCCCACGCAGGUUCUCUGCAACACAAUUUUUCUUAAGAGCUAUCCGAGCUUCCGAGAUGCCUUCUGUUCUGGAUUUCAUUGUACUUUCCAUGCAAAGCGCUCUUGCCGUACGCAUUCCUUCCGACAGGAACUUCUGGGCACAGGGAAGCCAUCUGCUGGCCACCCAGCCCGGGGGAUUGCUGUCACCUUGUGUCCCGGCGUUCCAGAGCCUGGGUAGCGGUAGUCAGUGGCAGAACUCUCAAAGUCCGCUUUGGAUAGCAGCUGGCUCUGGGAUGGGGCUGGACUGCGUGCGGAUCCCUCCUUUGCACUGCGGUGCUUCUAAUGUUCAUGGUAUCCAGAGCAACGGGAGCACUUCUGGGCAUCUCAGCACACAACAAAGUGACUAAAUUUUAAACAUAAUUCCUGUAGUAUGGAGAGCUGCUGUCCUUUGGGGGUUUUGCUGGGGAAAAUAAAUGCCUUUUCCAGGCUGUGUCCUGGGUGCCCUUAACGCCGAGUGCCGCGGCUGGCGGUGGGGACGGAGGAAUGCUCGUACUUGGAAGCAAACCCAUCCUUGUGGAAUUGCUGUAGUGGAGUAGCGUGACAGACUUUGACAUGCCUAGGACUACGACAUUCUUAAGCUUUGUGCCAUGGGAGGUUUAGGUUGACUACUAGGAAGAAUUUCUUCACAGAAAGGGUGGUUAGACAUUGGAAUGGCUGCCCGGGAAGUGGUGGAGUCACCAUCCCUGGAGGUGUUUAAAGGAAAGACUGGACGUGGAGGCCAGUGCUAUGGUCUAGUUGACAUCUAGUGUAUGGUCACAGGCUGGACUGUGAUGAUCACCGGUCUGUGAUGGUACCACCCGUGGGAGCCCUUUCCUUGGCUCUCGCAGGCAGCGGGCAGAUGACCAUCAGAGGUGCGGGGAGGCGGCCGACAAGACCUUCACAUCCCAAGGCGUGCCUCCAGCUCAGCCUGCCGCCAGCCGGCGAGGAGCGAGGGAAGGGCGGCUUGGGUCGCACAUCCCGCGGGAUCGGGCCGGAGCCGCAGCCUCCUCCCGGCGGGCGCCGCUUCCGCCACGUGUCCCGCCGGGCCCGCUGGUUGCCGCGGCGACGGGAACCUCUCCCGCCCCUUCCGGCCUCGCAUGGCGCCGUCUCUUCCGCUGCGGGGAGUAAUAUGGGGACAAUACACCUGUUCCGCAAAUCACAGAGAUCAUUGGUUGGAAAGUUAACACAUGAAUUUAGGUUGGUUGCAGCAGACAGAAGGUCCUGGAAGAUUUUACUGUUCGGUGCUAUAAAUUUAAUAUGUAUUGGCUUCCUGCUCAUGUGGUGCAGCUCUACAAACAGCAUAGCUUUAACUGCUUACACAUAUUUGACAAUCUUUGACCUUUUCAGUUUGAUAACAUGUCUAAUAAGCUACUGGGUAAUGAUGAAGAAACCCAGCCCAGUCUAUUCAUUUGGGUUUGAAAGGUUUGAAGUUCUAGCUGUAUUUGCAUCUACAGUUCUGGCACAGCUUGGUGCUCUUUUUAUACUGAAAGAAAGUGCGGAGCGGUUUCUGGAACAGCCUGAGAUACACACGGGACGACUGCUGGUUGGUACUUUCGUGGCUCUCUUUUUCAACUUAUUUACAAUGCUUUCCAUUAAGAAUAAGCCUUUUGCUUAUGUCUCUGAAGCUGCCAGCACAAGUUGGCUUCAGGAACAUGUUGCAGAUCUUAGUAGAAGUAUUUGUGGAAUCAUCCCGGGAUUGAGUAGCAUCUUUCUGCCACGGAUGAACCCUUUUGUCUUGAUUGAUAUUGCUGGAGCUCUGGCUCUUUGCAUUACAUAUAUGCUCAUUGAAAUCAACAAUUACUUUGCUGUGGACACAGCCUCUGCUAUAGCAAUUGCUUUGAUGACUUUUGGUACCAUGUAUCCCAUGAGUGUCUACAGUGGGAAAGUACUACUUCAGACAACCCCACCUCAUGUGAUUGGCCAGUUAGAUAAACUUCUUAGGGAGGUUUCAACUUUGGAUGGUGUGUUGGAAGUCCGAAAUGAGCAUUUCUGGACAUUAGGGUUUGGCACUUUGGCUGGAUCAGUCCAUGUCCGAAUUCGGAGAGAUGCAAAUGAGCAAAUGGUCCUUGCCCAUGUCACUAACAGAUUAUACACAUUGGUCUCUACCUUGACUGUUCAGAUUUUCAAAGAUGACUGGAUCAGACCUACCUUAUCAUCUGUGCCUAUCACAAACAAUAUUCUGAACCUUUCGGAUCAUCACAUUAUUCCAAUGCCAUCUUUGAAAGCUGCUGACAAUUUGAAUCCUGUUACCUCCACUCCAGCUAAGCCCAGCAGCCCACCACCAGAAUUUUCUUUUAACACGCCAGGCAAAAAUGUGAGUCCAGUCAUCCUUCUAAACACUCAGACAAAGCCCUAUGGAUUGGGCUUUAAUCAUGGAUCUGCACCCUACAGCAGUGUACUCAAUCAAGGACUUGGAAUACCAGGAAUUGGAGCAGCUCAAGGAUUCAGAACUGGUUUUGCAAAUGUCCCAGGCAGAUAUGGAACAAAUGCUCGUGGUCAGCCCCGACCGUAAUAAACACCAUUAUUUAUUAUACUUAAGGGUAUUGACUUAAUUCUUUUAUUACCCAAUUUUUAUAAACAUUUGGAAUGUCACAUCAUUCUGAAUGGCUGGGAACAAGUGCUUUGUUCAUAUUCAUGAAGUGGUUAAAUAGCAGUUUUUUCCUUCGCAUCGGCAGUAGCCUGUGUAAUGCCACAGAUAUUUUGCAGAGUUACAAUACUUUACAAGUAGUUUUUAUAGGGUGUCUAUUUCUACUCAUCUUUUUUAUCCACUUUUCUUCAUUUAUCCAAGAAUGUAUUGAGAUGCAGCACAACUCCAUAAGAGAAUUCAUUGUGACCAGGUAGCUUUUUUUUUUUUCCUAAUGAAAAUUACUGGAUGCUGAAUAGCUGAGAGAAUAGGAGAUGGCAGAAAUACAAGUCCCAAUUUUCAGACAUGUUUGAUUGCUGUAUUAAGCCAUGUUUGGGCCAAAUCACAAUUAGUUUUUGGUUGCAAAAAUCCAUCGAUAUUCAUGUUGUGGCCAUUGUGAAGGCAAUCUGGCAUUUCAGAUUGUAAUUGAUUUUGCAAGACCGUGUUUUUACAUUUUUAUUGAUGCUUUUAUAGAAAUUCAAAUGGUUCAGCAACCAUUUUCUAGUUGUAAGUAUUCCAUACUCAUCUCGGAUAUUUCUUACUUUUUGGUUUAAAUGCAAAAUUAUUUAGCAAUAUAUUGGGAAAUAAAAUACUUAAAACUUAAGAUUUUACAAGCACCUCUUUUUUACAAUUAACCCUAUUAAGGAUACAGAACAGAUGACUGUUGUUUCUGAAGCCAGUAUUUAAUUUUUGACUAUGGGGAGUAUUCUAUGAUUUGAUUGUGACUUUGUAUUUUCCUCUUUGUAUUUUUUUAAUAGUUCCAGGGGGAAAAGUAAUUUAUUUGUAUUCCUUGUUUAAAUCCAGAGUACAGGUCAGUGAUCGCUGAGAGUUCGUAGUCACUGCUGGACUGCUUAACCUUUGGGGCACACUUGGAACAACACUUGUGCUUUUGCAUUACUGUCCUACUGUAUUUGCAGAGCUGUCUGCAUUUCUCCAGGGCCUUUCACAGAGAGCUCUUCUCUCUCAUUGCUGUCUUUUCCUGCUCUGCUCUGACAACAGGGAAAGGCCUUUUAGAAAUGCUUCAAUUUUCUUCUGUUCCCCUGUGCAGUCUCUACAUUACAAUUGCUCCUCUGCACAUUCUUCUGCAUCUCUUGGCCGCCUAGGAAUGGGUUGCCCAUUCCUGUAGUUUCACUUGCAACUCAGGGUGCUCUAUAUUGGCUUCCACCUUGUUCAUCUGUGUGCUAAGUCAGUCACUCCAGUGAGAUGGUUACAUGGAGCUGUAGUAUCUCAGGGAUUCCAAAGAUACUAUGUUACCUGAAGAUAAUUGCUUUGAUGAAGAAAUCUUCCUUAUGUAGAUCUGAGUGGAGAAAACAGCCUUCAUUUGGAUUUUAAAGAUCUGUGGCCUCUUCACUGGCUGAGGAUUUAUUUUUCUUUUUCUGUAUAAGAAUACUGCGUUCCUCUUUUUUCUGUUUGCCUCCCCCUCCAUGACCUGUGUUUCUUGAGCCAGUGCUUGGAGGAGGGAGUCAUUCAUGCAAGGUGGCAUUCUGCAUGAUAGAAAUGUAUCUUUUGGGGAUGUUUCAGGCUGAGGGUAGUGCCCAGACAGCCACGGGGACGCUGUCCAUGUAAGCUACAAGUGGGGAAUCGAGUUCUGUACUUCAUUUGCAGCGAGAGUGAAAAUUUCAUUGCUCUGUUAGAAAAUGUAAUGACCUGGCAAAUUUCCACUUAAAGAUUGCAAUGAAGUUACAACAAUUGGCUCUGUUUCAGUGAGGUCAGUAUUAACUCAGUAAUCACCUGAGGUCCAUUAUCCUGUCUUUCUGUGAGUCUAUUACAUGUGCCAUUGCUGCAUGGAAAUUCACUGAAGUACAGAACACUUGAACAGAUUCUCUGUACCUCUUGGGUGCUGAACUAGACUGCAGUUUCUACAGCAUCUGCAACACCUUAGAGCCAGCAGAAUGUUUACAGUACACUACUCUUGUGUGGCCUGGUUAAGAAUUGUUCCUUACUCCAGUUUCAUAACCACAUGCCCUUUUUCUGAUAUUUUCAAUACAUUGUAUUAUAUUGAAUGCAUGCUUACUUGUUUUCAGUAGAAAAUUAAAUCUCCAUUUUAAUAAAAAA